AAUGUGGCCAUUCACAUACCAAUUAUGAACGAUGACCAUGAACAAGAGAAGAUACCAUCAUUGCAGCCAUUUUAACUGGUAAUAUUUCGAGUUCACACCAACCUCAAGAUGACAAGAAUUACUGUUAUUUUUAUCAUGUGUAUUGCAUCAGCUUUUGCAAAAGUUAAAACAUUUGGACCAUUCCAUGUGAAAGUCUUUAAUGUGACGGAUUGUGGUGAGGAUGGCCCAAACAUCAUGCAUUUCGAUGUUAAACUCCAAGGUUACAAUGAUUCGUCCAGCAUUCUCGAUGCUAAUGUUAAGCUUCCAAAAGGUUUUGGCAAUGAUGUACAAGUAUCCGUUGACGUUGAUGAGUGGAGAAAUAAUGUCUGGGUAGAGAAAGUUUAUACAUUUUAUUUCAAUCAAAUGUGCAAUGGCAUGAAGGAAUUCGUAAAAGAAACCUUUACACAAGUGACGAAACACUUAAAAAUAGAGGAUAAGUGCCCAGUAGCAUCGGGAACAUACACAAUAAAAGAGUUCAUGCUGACGUUAAUACCAAAUGUGAAAGAGAUUAAAUAUGGAACUUACAAGUGUAAAUUGCAUGCCCAUCAAGGAACUACACCCACAGGUUGUCUGGAAGCCACGAUUGAAACCACUCCUAAAAAUAUUAAAUAGCUUAUCUAAAUUAAAGAUGUAAAAUUUAGUUGCUGGA